UCGUGCUGCCCAAAAGCUAAAAAUAAAAUUUCUUUUUAACAAAAACGUUGUAUUUUCUCUUCUUUUUCUUCCUUUUAUUUUUUUUAAGAAAACCAGCAUUAUUUUCCGUUUUAUAUUCAUUUUAUUUUUGUCCAAAAAAUUUUAAAAGGAAAUUAAAAAACUUAUUCAGGUUUUUUCGUGUUAUUGUUUUAUCGUCGUCCUUCACUGUCAGUUUUUGAAGAAAAAACUCGGAAGAAAAAAAAAACCCAAAAAAGAGCGAAAGGAAACGGACGGAGGUAAUGGCGGAGGUUCAAGUGCAAGCUGAGGUGGCUCCGGUGGCUGCGGCGUCGUCGCCGCCGCCACAGCAGCAGCAGGUUGUGAACGGGGUGGCGAGUAAUAAUGGUGUUAGUGUGACUACGUCGUUGUAUGUCGGGGAUCUUGAUCUUAGUGUAACCGAAUCUCAUCUUUACGAUUUGUUUAGCCCACUGGGAACGGUGGUUUCGCUUAGGGUUUGCAAAGACUCGAGGACCCGCCGCUCUCUUGGUUAUGGUUACGUUAAUUACAGCAACACACAUGAAGCUGCACGGGCGUUGGAGGUACUGAAUUUCACUCUUCUCAAUGGCAAGCCAAUUAGGGUAAUGUAUUCUAACAGGGAUCCUACUGUCCGAAGAACUGGGGCAGGAAAUAUUUUUAUCAAGAAUUUGGACAAGACAAUUGACAACAAAGCUCUGCAUGACACAUUCUCUACGUUUGGGUAUAUUCUAUCUUGCAAGAUAGCCACUGAUAAUACUGGCCAGUCAAAAGGAUAUGGGUUUGUGCAAUUUGAUAAUGAGGAGUCUGCCAAAAAUGCAAUUGAUAAGCUCAAUGGUAUGCUACUUAAUGAGAAACAAGUUUUUGUUGGGCCCUUCCUUCGUAAACAAGAAAGAGAGUCAUCCAUAGGCAAGGCAAAGUUUAACAACGUCUAUGUAAAGAAUCUAUCGGAGUCAACAACUGAUGAGGAUUUAAAGAAUGUAUUUAGUGAACAUGGACCUAUAACUAGUGCUGUGAUUAUGAGAGAUGUGGAUGGAAAGUCAAAAGGUUUUGGAUUUGUCAACUUUGAGAAUCCUGAUGAUGCAGCUCGUUCUGUUGAUUCUCUCAAUGGAAAGAAGUUUGAUGACAAAGAAUGGUUUGUUGGGAAGGCUCAGAAGAAAUCUGAAAGAGAGAUGGAACUGAAAGGGCAGUAUGAGCAGACCUUAAAGGAAACAGCAGACAAAUUUGCAGGACUGAAUUUAUAUGUUAAAAACCUGGAUGAUAGCAUCAAUGAUGAUAAGCUUAGGGAAUUGUUCUCAGAGUUUGGUACAGUCACUUCGUGCAAGGUUAUGCUUGACCCUAAUGGCAUAAGUAGAGGCUCAGGCUUUGUUGCCUUUUCAACUGCUGAAGAAGCAUCUCAAGCUCUCAUGGAGAUGAAUGGUAAAAUGGUAGUUAGCAAACCACUUUAUGUUGCAGUUGCUCAGAGGAAAGAAGAAAGGAGAGCUAGAUUGCAGGAACAGUUUUCUCAAAUGCGUCCUGGAGCAAUGGGACCUACUGUUGGCCCUCAGGUGCCCAUGUAUCCUCCUGGCGCUCCACAUUUUGGACAGCAACUCUUCUAUGGUCAAGGCCCUCCUGCUAUGAUUUCACCCCAACCUGGAUUUGGAUAUCAGCAGCAACUAGUUCCUGGGAUGAUGCCAAACUUUUUCAUGCCAAUGCUUCAGCCUGGGCAGCAGAAUCAGCGCCAAGGAAGCAGACGAUCCGCAGGGGGCCCAAUGCAACAAACACAUCAACCACUUCCCUUCAUGCAGCCACAGAUGAUUCCUAAGGGCCGUGGCUAUCGUUAUCCACCAGGUCGCAACAUGCCCGAUGUUCCUGGACGUGUGCUUCCUGUUCCUUACAAUGUAGGAGGAAUGCCAUUCCGAGAUGCUGCAUUUUCACAACCCAUGGCAACUGGAGCUCUCGCUUCUGCUCUUGCAAACGCAACAACUGUACAGCAGAGGACGUUGUUGGGAGAAAAUCUAUACCCACUUGUAGACCAGCUGGAGCAUGAUAAUGCUGCCAAGGUGACGGGCAUGCUUCUAGAGAUGGACCAGACUGAGGUUUUACACUUGCUAGAAUCACCAGAAGCUUUGAAAGCAAAAGUUGCAGAGGCCAUGGAAGUUCUAAGGAAUAUUGGCCCUAAACCACAGCAAGCCAAUAGUGCAACUGAUCGGCUAACCUCAUUGUCUCUAAAUGAGAACCUUGUCUCUUGAGCUUAAUAUACAUCUGUUGCAUACCCAUCAACUAUUUGAUCCGUGAAAUAAGUUUGUGGAUUUGUUUUUGUCCCAUUGGGAGUUGCUUCACUGGAUUUUCUUGGUCUUGGCUUUAGUUAAUCAAUUUGCAUGGUUCUUAAA